CCAUAACCAAAAUCCACACUCCAUCCAAGGUUGAUUGCUUCCUUGUUUCUCGUUUUCAGAAAUCCACCUUCCAAGCAUUGUAUUGUAUUGGUCUCUGUUUCAGGUUAGAUUUUCAUCUUAGUAGCUAGCACUAUUUUUCCAUUUGCCUCUACUUUUCACCACUUUGCAGUCCGCACAUGAAACCUUGGCUCUGAUGUAUUUAAUUUCGAAUAAAUUUUUGUUUUAUUUCUCUCUGCUUGUUUUCACGUCUGGUUGCAAAUGAAACAAUGGUUUUGAUGUAUAUAUUCCGAUUGUAACAUAUGCAUGUAAUGUUAUAUUAGUCGGUUUUUCCAUUUACCUGCUUUCCGUAGCAAAGGAAUUUUUUGUUAGAAACAAGUCAGAUGGGAAAGUUCAAUGGAAUUUUAAGAGGAUUGUCUAAGUUACUCAUAAAAUUACGUGCGGAUUACUUUUUUCCUUAAAAAAAAAUACAUCCAACUCAAUAUGUUUAUAUGAUUGUGAUCCAAAGAUACCGUGGAAAGAUAAAAAUUAUUUGCGGAUUACUUUUUCCUUAAAAAAAAUACAUCCAACUCAAUAUGUUUAGUUCUUGGAUGUAGAAUAAGACUGUGAUCCAAAGAUACCGUGGAAAGAUUAUAAUGGUGUUAGUUCAAAUAGAUUUAAGUCUAGAAUAGUUGUGUAAGUUGAUUGAGAAACCAAUGUAACGAUUUUCUAAUCAAGAGAUUACCCUAGGUCAGAAGAUAUUUUGUUCCUCAAUACAAGUUUCUAAGACUCUCUAAAAAAUUCUUGGUGAUUGCUAUUGAGAGGUUGAAGACGAGGUAAGUCUAUAUAACGUUCUAGCAAAGUAAAGGCAUAUAAGUAAAUGUCUAAGGAAAAAUACGGGAAAUGUGUAAGUUGUAUUGAUUGUUUCAGCUUGUGUCAUACAAAUAAGUCUCAUACGACUAUUUAUAGAGGAAAAUCAUAGCAGCUUACAACAGUUAUUUGUCUUAAUGAAGUCUACUAUGUUCUCUAGGCACUGAGUAAGCACGUAUAUAAACAUUUUUGAUAUGGCACCUAUUCUGUCCCUCAAAAACCGUCAUAUCACCUAGUGGGUUUCCCUUCCCAAGUUGAUCAGUUGGUUCCACUACCUCCAUUUGACAUGAAUUGAAGUUCCUGUAUUUUGUAUUAAGUGGAUUCAUUCUGACUUUAUCUUCAAGUUUUAUACGAAAAUAUCACUUAAAGAUUAAUUAAUUAUAGUAAAACUCUCAAUAUUUAUGUAGAAUACUCUUUCUUUAAAGGCAGGGAUUUGUUGUUAUCUACAAAAAUUGUACUAUGUAUUUUAGCAUGUCAUUAAACUAGGCCUUUUGCACAAGUAACAAAUUUAGGCUUACAAUCUUCCACAUUUCAAGGCCCAAAUCAACAAACCGAUUCAAAAAGUCCAAACCGGCUGAUUAGAAGCCGCUCAAACGAGUAACAAUUAUUUAGUAGUCAUUCAUUAGCUAAGAGCUGACACAAAAAACCAAAGUUAGCUGCUAAAUUUGGAAUGUCCAAAUCAGCUGAUUAGCAACUCAUCCAUCAGCAAGCAACUGGUUAGCUGUCAAUCCACCAGCUAACGACUGAUUGACAGUCGAACCAUGAGUUAAUGACUGAUUCUUAAUCGAUCCAUCAGCUAACAGUUAACUCAGUUAGCACCUUGUAACUCAGCUAACUACAAUCAACUAUCACAUUCAAACAAUCCAAAUCAUCCAAUAAACAACCGACACAUUUAGCCAAAUUUCUUUUAUUUUUCAGGGCUACCACAUAGAAAACAUGUAGCAGUAAAAACUGUGAGUUCCUUUAAAAAUGAAUGAACUAAGUAUUUCUACAAAAAGAUGAGCUAAACUCAUCUAUUCAUCCUCUGUAAUGCUACAACUACCACCUUGUUUUUCCUUGACCGCCGAGAUAAAAGGGUUCGUCCUAGAUAUAAGCUUGCCUCUGAUACAUACCUUCCAUCAUCAAUAUAUGUUGUCCAACUAGAUUUAUAAAAGAUAUUUAAUCUAUAAUGGAAAGGUCUUCGCAGGUUGUAGGACUAACCCAAAAGAAGGUCUUGGCAGGUGGAGUAAGAGUUGUUUAACUCUAUCAUCAAGGCGCAAGCUACGAGGUUGAAAACCUAGUUCGAAAGAAGAACCAGGUUUUCAACCUCUUUUUGGAAAAAGGGUUAUGGGUGGUGCUUUCCCUGUCGAGCUCCUUGAGCUUUCUAUCAACCUUCUUUUUCUUGAGCUUUAUGGCAGCUCCGAUAGAAGGGUUACCGAUGAACUUCUUAAGGAUUUUACGUGUAAUUCUAUAUCCUCUUAUAAAUUUUCUGGCAAAGUUUUUUACUUCCUCCGUUCCUUAUUAACUAUUCACUUUGGAGAAAAAAAAUUGUUCUUAUAUAUCUGUCAACUUAGAGUUUCAAAAGAGCAUUAAUUGAUGUUUUUCCAAGAAAUGCCCGUACAGAAACAAUAAAUGAAGAAAUAUAAAAUACAUUCUAAAGGUUGAUAUAGGAAAACAUAUACUCCCUCCGUUCCUAAAUAACUGAUACUAUUUUUACCUGAAUUUUGUUCCUAAUAAUUAUCUGCCACUUUACAAGUUCAAGAGAGCAUUAAUUAUUACCAAUUGUACCCUUCAUUUAUUGGUGGCAGAAAAAUUGAAAAGUUAGAAUUAAUAAGAGAGAUAAAGGGUAUAGUAGGAAGUUAGAUUGCAAUUUUAAUAAAACAAGAACAUUAAUUGCUAUUUCUUAAUACUUGUGCAACAACCUCAAAUUGUCAGUUAUAUAGGAACGGAGGGAGUAAUACUUUUAUGAAAAUCAACAUAAUUAAUUGCUUUCCUUAAUUUGUGUGAAUCUUCUCUUCCUGGACAGAUAAAUAUGAAGUAGGAACGGACGGAGUACUACUUAAUAAAUAAAGUAUGAAAUAGAAAAGUGCAAUCUAUAUUUUUUUGGUUGAUAAUUAGGAAGGUUAUUAAGAGAAAUAAAUAGGAGGUUCUAGAAUAUUUUUACUUAUAUCUGUUUGAAUCUCUAUAUUUUACCUUCAUUAAAAAAUAAUAUAGUAUUUGUGCUUCUCAAUAACAAAAAAAUAAAAUAAAAUAAAAUGUUGAAAAACAUGAUUGGUAAGGGAAGAAAAUGGGUCUAGCAUGGUAAUUAAGCUGGGACGGAUCCACCUUAUAGCUUAUGGGGUCAUUUGCCCCACAAUUUUUUUUAUGUUUCCUUAAUAGUAUGUUUCUUGUAUUAUUGAUGGUAAGUAUAUAGUUUGGUGCCUUAAACAUUAAGGGGAUAAUCUAAUUUCUUGGUGUUUGUAUGAAGAAUGUUUGUUGGGAAAGACAUACAACUUGAUCUCAAGGUGAUUAGUCUCAUUGCUAUCAGGCGGGAUACGUUGAUAAGAAGGCUUAGGGAGAAAAUGGAAGAAAAUUCUAUUACCUGCUAAUAGGUUAACGCAUGGAAUGAAGCGUGUAUGAGGGAAGUUUUGUACAUACAACAAGACAUAAUGGAAAGCUACAAGUCCGUGACUCUUCCUAAUAAAUGAAACUAAUCACACGCUAACAAAAAUUGAGCUAACUCAUCAUGUCUUAACAACUAAGGUAAUUUAAACUAAUUAAUCUAAAUGCCUAUAAAAUAAAUCAAAUAUCGCAUUUCAGUGAACAAACCAUAGCAAACUCUAUCCCUUGAAUUCACAUUAGUUCCUUCAAUGUUUAGCUUGCGUUGAGUCAGCUGCUAUCAUACUCUUCGUUGAAGGUAAACUUGGUUAUGUAAUAAAGUAUUCAUAUAUAGUAUACAAAUCUAACCCAACAUGUUAAUCUUGCUUCAUCUUAUGCUGUAAUCAUUUAGAAAGAUGUUCAUUUUUGGAGUCUCUACAGUGAACCCUAUGAGUGAGGAUCCACGAAAACUUGCCUCUCACGGCCAUGAGAAAAUGUCAGUGUCACAAGAACAGAAGGCAAAGAUUAUUGAGGUGAAGAGUUUGAUAGGGCCAUUAUCAGAUAAGGCAUCCCUGUAUUGUUCUGAAGCAAGUAUCUCAAGGUAUUUGAGGUCACAGAAUUGGAAUGUCAAGAAAGCAGCUCAAAUGUUGAAACAAAGCCUGAAAUGGAGAGAAGAAUACAAACCUGAUGAGAUCCGCUGGGAAGAGGUUUCUGAAGAAGCAGAGACAGGGAAGAUGUAUAGACCAAAUUACUGCGACAAACAUGGGAGAUCAGUGCUUGUAAUCAAACCUAGUCGCCAGAACUCAAAGUCAAUAAAACAGCAGGUGAAGCAUUUUGUUUACUGCAUGGAGAAUGCCAUUUUAAAUCUCCCACCACACCAGGAACAGGUGGUGUGGUUGAUUGAUUUCCAGGGUUUCAAUCUGUCAAAUAUAUCAUUCAAGCUGGCACGCGAAACCAUCCAUGUAUUACAAGAAUAUUAUCCAGAGAGGUUGGGGUUGUCGCUAAUAUACAAUGCACCAUGGAUCUUCCAACCAUUCCUCGCGAUGGUAAAGCCCCUGCUUCAGCCUGAGAAUUAUAAUAAAUUGAAGUUUGGUUAUUCUAACGACGAAGGCACAAAGAAGAUAAUGGAGGAUUUGUUUGAUAUGGAUCAUCUUGAAUCAGCAUUUGGUGGGAAUAACAACACAGGAUUCGACAUCUGUAAAUAUGCUAAGAGAAUGGAAGAGGAAGACAGUAAAACACACUCUUUCUGGACACAGGCAAACUCUCUAUAAUCAGUCUCACAAGAUACUCCUUUAUAUUCAUCAGGUUGGCUGCAGAUUCUGAUGCUUCUAGCAAUAAGAACACAGACAAGUUCCCUUGUUCUUAACCCUGAUGUAUAUAUCUAUGGUGCCGAAGGAGACAGAAAUGCAAUGGGUGUAAUAAGAAAUUAUAUGCCUAAAUCUUUGUAUAAGAAGUGCUGAGACCAGUGUAAUGUAGGAAGAUGCUAUGAUAACAUAUUUUGAAACCUUGAUUUGUGAGACAGUGUUAAGUUCAUGUCAAAUCUUAUGAAGAUGGAUGGUUUUACCUCGUUAUAUUAAAGAUACGGCUUUCGAUUGAGCUCAAUGGUGCCUCGUGGUCCAUAUAGCUGAUCUCACUUAGUAGGAUAAUGCUUUU